GACAGCGACUAAAUGACUCGGCAUAAGCCACAGACUCAUAAGUACGAACAGUCCAUGUGCACUCCGGAACGGUCAACAACAAACUUCGAGUUCCUAACUCUCUCUUGGCCUCUGGAUUUCAACGUACCCCGUGAUGUGAAGCUGAAACAUUCCUUACUCUGUAGGUUCUGAAUAUUGAAGAGUUUUUAAAAGUAAAUAGAGCACCCCCCUCAUUCGAAGAGAACCAUGGUGCGCAACGUCGAUGAUCUGGACUUCUGCCUGCAGUCUCACCCACAGAGCAUCCUGGAGGGGCUGAAUUCCUUGCGCUCGCAGCCCAAGCUCUCCGACGUGACGCUGACUGUAGCGAGCCGUGAGUUCCACUGCCACCGCAGCGUGCUGGCGCUCUGCAGCCUCUACUUCCAUUCUAUGUUCUCAGGGAACUUCGUGGAGAGCAUUGCAGCCCGUGUGGAGCUGCAUGAUGUUGACCCUGAUGUGCUGGAUAGAAUCCUUGACUUCGCCUACACCGGCAAGCUAACCAUCAACCAGGACAACGUGGAGGGCCUUAUCUGCACCUCCAGCCAGCUGCAGUUUGUGACGGUCCGAAAAGCUUGCAGCCGCUACUUGCAGCAUCAGAUUAAUGCCACCAACUGCCUGGGAAUCCUGAAAUUCGGGGAGGUGCACGGCUGUCCAGAGGUGGUAGCCAAGGCCCAUGGCUUCCUUCUGGAGAACUUUGAGGCUGUGUCUCAAGGCGAGGAGUUCCUGCUGCUGGAGAAAGAGAGGCUGGCAGCCUACCUCAAGGAGGAGAGGCUCCAGAUGAGGGAGGAGAGGACCCGGGUAGAGGCAACCCUCCGCUGGGUGAGGCAUAGCGAGGAUACCAGGGCCACACAUCUGCCCAAGCUGCUGGGGCUGGUGCGUCUCUCCCUCCUCUCGCAGGAGUACAUCACAGAGACCCUACUAAAGGACAGGCUGAUCCUGGAGACACCCGCCUGCAGAGAGGCUGUGGAGAGGAACCGCAGAGGGACAGAGGUGGAGCCAGGAGCCCUUUCACAGGGAGGUGCCUGCUGUCCUCAACCCAGCCUGCAGGAGGUGCUGUUUGUGAUUGGUGGGCGCUCUGCAGAUGACUCGGAUGAUGAUGAGGAGGGGGAGGAGGAGGAGGGGCAGCCCAGGUCAGGCCACAGGAACGCUGCCUUCUACAACACCAAGACAAGGGAGUGGAAAAAGAUCCCAGAUUUUCCAGACUACAAUAAGUGGGGAUUCUCUGUGGUGUCUUUAAACAACAACGUGUAUGUGACAGGGGGCUCCAGAGGCUCUAGAACCAACACCUGGUCAACCACACAGACCUGGAAGUACGACUCGCAGCAGGGGAAGUGGAUGACGGUCGCCCCCAUGUUGAGGCCCCGGACCAACCACGCCUCUGCCGUGCUGAAUGGAGAAAUCUACGCCAUUGGGGGUACAACGUUUGAUUUUGUGGAGGUGGAACACUACGACCCAUACAAUGACAGCUGGUCUCUUACUAGUCCCACUUUGAAGUAUGUCAGUAAUUUCACUGCCACAGGCUGCAUGGGGAAGCUCUAUGUCAUUGGCUCCUGUGCGGUCAAAUACAAUGUUCUUGCUAUGCAGUGCUACAACCCAGUUAUAGAUGCAUGGAGCCUCAUUGCCUCCCCCUUCAUCCCUAAGUACCUCUCUGGCCCGUGCUCGGUUUCGCUGGAUGGGGUCAUCUACCUGAUCGGAGAUAACACCAAGAAGGUCUACAUGUACGACCCAGAUGCCAACAUGUGGCAGAAGGUGCAGCUGCUCCACAUGCUCCAUGAGAACGGAGGGAUGGUUGUCCUGGCCGGCAAGUUGUUUGUGACUGGCGGGCAUUGGAAAGGCUUGGAGGGGGAGUACCGCGUCGAGAUGGAGGUGUACGACCGCGGCCGCAAUGCCUGGCACAUGGAGAGCUCACUGCCGCGGCUCUGGCUCUACAGCGGCUCCUGCUCCAUCUUCCUGGAUGCUUCGCAGUGGGUGGAGCCGUUCCCUGUUGAUCAGACCUAGCGGGCCGUGACCGCACAGGAGCUCCACUUGCCAGACUGCUUCAACAACACCAACAGGGCUUCUUUUAAAGCUACUGUAUUUGUUUUUCUGAAAGGCAUCAAUCUCCUGGUGCAUUUUCAAAACUAGAAACAUUUUAAAUGAGGGCUUUUAAUUAAUAACCACAGCCUGCCUUUUUUUUAGGGAGUACUAGCACUCAAGGACAAACAGAACUGCUAUGUAAAGUACAAUUAGCAGCCAUUUACAUUAGGGAUCAUAGGGUGUAAUUAGCUCAAAUUAAUGGCAUGCAUAUAAUAGGGUGUAACAUAGUGUUCUGUAGUUUUCAUGCAAAUUAUCUGUGUGCAAGUACAAUUAAUGUGUCCUUUUUUGUAGACCUUACUAGAGACAUGAACUGUAUUAAUAACCUCCAUAUAAACAUAUUUGAAGAUCUUGAA